AUGAACGAUCGGUACGCAACAGAAGAUAAUAACAGCGUUACGGACAUCAGCGCAAGCGGCCAAACCUAUGGCAACAUGUCGGUUGCUUCAGAAUCCGGUUUUAAUUCUUCUGCGGACGGUUACGACAACAGAAAAAAGUCGAAUUCUUCCAUUCAAGAGCAAGAUGUUGCGAAGCAAGAGCAACAGGCUGUCAAUAGAUCAAAACUAGUCGUGGCUUUAUUUCUAUUGCUCGCAGCUUGUGCAUCCGCUGCUGGAACGUACCUUUUCGUUGAACAGCAAGAGCGAAAGGACUUUGAAGAUCAAUUUCAUAGCUAUGCAACGGAGUUUGUUGCUGUGACAAGGCAAAAGACGGAUCAACUCUUCAACGCCUUGAACUCGUUCUCAGUAAGCGUUUCGUCCGAAGCAAAAGCAACAAACCAAUCCUGGCCUUUUGUUACAAUCAGUGACUAUUCAACAAAGGCACGCUUGUUGGGAGAACUCAUUGACGUACCUGGAGCUGGCAUAUCCUUCUGUCCUAUAGUCAACGGUGCUAAUCAUGUACAAUGGGCAACCCAUACGAUGGAAGAUGCUCCAGGCUAUUUUCAAAACUCUGUCAAUAGCGACGGCUUCGAUAUGACAGCUGAUGAACUCAUGGCCUUGACCACCCCAUUGGUCCACUAUUAUGACGAAGAAAAUGGCUACGCGUUCACCUUAGCACAAGACACGGCUUUGCCUCUGUGGCAAUACUAUCCGUUUGGGAUCGAGCCAUUGACACAGCGGACGUACACCAAUCUUGAUUUGAUGGCGUCAAGACAGUCCAGCGAACUCUUCAAUCUCGCUAGUGCUACCUUGAAUCCUGUCAUCGGACUUUUUGAGUCACUGAAAGAGGAGAAUGGCGAAGCUGUACCUUUGGUUUUGAGUCAGAUCAUGCAACCCAUUUUCAAGAAUGUUGAGACAAGAGAAGAAGACAAGGAAAUGGUGGGAGUUUUUUGGAUGACGAUGGAAUGGACGCGAUACUUCGAAAACUUCUUUACCGCGGAGACCGAUGCAAUUACACUUCUUGUCCGCAGCAGCUGCCCGAGAUACAGUUUAUUCGAUCAACAGAGUGUCUCUGAAGAAGAGGUGAAUGUUAUCAGUUAUGAGAUCAAUGGACCUGAAGCUACUGUGCUGGGCGAGUACGAUGCCCAUGACCCUAAAUAUGAGUCUCUUGAGGUUGCGUCCAUUCUCGUGGACCUAAAUGUCGACUCUUCAAAGAUACCCAGUGGUGAGUGUAUCCCCAAGCUUUCACUACAUCUCUACCCGACCGAAAAGUUCGAGGAGGCCUUCUAUACGUCCAAACGAUUCCUAUAUGCAGGAGUGGUCAUUGCCAUCUUUGCGUUUACAAGUCUUGUUUUCUUGCUGUACGACUUUUUUGUUGGAAGGAGACAGAGAAAAGUCAUGGAUCGUAUCAAAAUGCAAGACCUCAUUGUUUCGAAUGUCUUUCCCACGGCAAUUCGGGAUCGGCUUUAUGAUGGCAUGGGCAAAUCCUCGGAACGCGUCGAUCCGCUUGACAUUGACGGCGAAAACGACAGAUCCUCACGUGCGGCACCAAUGGCAGACUUGUUCCCCGAUGUGACCAUUAUCUUCGCUGACAUUGUUGGCUUUACCGCUUGGUCAUCUGCUCGUGAGCCCCCUCAAGUCUUUGACUUGCUUGAGACGAUCUAUGCAGCCUUUGAUAGAGUAGCUUACCGACACAAUGUGUUCAAAGUUGAAACAGUUGGUGACUGUUAUGUCGCAGCAGCCGGCUUGCCAGAGCCAAUGAAAGAUCAUGCCGUGGCGGCGUGCAAAUUCGCUCGAGACUGUUUGAAGAAGAUGAAAGAGAUUACUCUGAAACUCGAUGUAACGCUCGGUCCUGAUACGUCGGGCUUGAGACUGAGAGUUGGGAUUCACAGUGGUCAAGUGACGGCCGGUGUAUUGCGAGGUGAACGCAGUCGCUUCCAGCUUUUUGGUGACUCUAUGAAUACAGCUGCUCGAAUGGAGAGUACCGGAAGGGCGAGCUGCAUUCAGAUCUCACAGACCACCGCUGAUCUGCUGAAGGAAGGAGGCUUUGAUAACAUGACCAUACCUCGUAGGCAAAAGACUCUUGUCAAGGGCAAGGGGGAAAUGCAAACCUACUGGCUCCGUUCAACGGAUUCGAAGCGGUUUCAAAGAAAGAAUAGCAACCAACUAAUGGAAUCGACGAUUAGCGAAGAAGAAACAGUGGAGGACUCCUUCAGCUCUUCUGAGGACGUCGGUGACAAGGAUAGUGACCUUUUUGACAUGAGCGGUGUGGAAGGCAUGAGCAAAACCGAGCGCCUCGUCGAGUGGAAUGUUGAAGUUCUCAGCCCGCUGCUGCAGCAAAUAGUGGCUACGAGAGGAGGAUCUCGAAAGAGCAUCAAGCCUCUACAGGUCGUUGAAUGCAACAUUCGAUCUGGUCAAACCAUCUUGGAAGAGUUCGUACCUAUCAUUCACUUGAAGAGACCUGACAGUGAUUUGAACGACCGUCGGCAAAGAUACAGCUCGACCGAUGUGGGGGAUGAUGUCAAGUCAGAGCUACGACGCUUCCUCUCCAAUAUUGCCGAGUUGUACACAGACAGCAACCCAUUCCACAACUUUGAACAUGCUAGCCACGUCACCGCAUCCGUGAAGAAAUUGCUCAAACGCAUCGUCAACGUCGACAGUGGCAAUGGACUCACACAGCAGAAUGGAAACAGCGGAGUGAACAUGGUCGACUUGGCCGGUCAUUCGUACGGGAUUACUUCCGAUCCACUGACACAGUUUGCUGUCGUGUUUUCCGCCAUCAUUCAUGAUUUGGAUCACCCAGGUGUACCAAACGCCCAAUUGGUGAAGGAAGGCGCUCCAAAUGCUGAGCUGUACAAGAACAAGUCAGUGGCGGAGCAGAAUAGCGUCGACAUUGCAUGGACGAUUCUAAUGAAAGACGAGUACCAAUCCUUGCGAAGCUGCAUCUAUCAGACUGAAGAAGAGCUUCGGCGUUUCCGUCAGCUGGUGGUGAACACAGUCAUGGCUACUGACAUUGUGGACAAGGAAUUGCAAGCGCUUCGCAAGCAACGUUGGGAAACUGCGUUUUCCGACAAGGUUCAAGAACCAGCAUCGUCCUCCUCUGAAGAAUCGGAGUCCGAAGAGAGUCAGGACCGCAAGGCGACCAUUGUGAUCGAGCACUUGAUCCAAGCCUCCGACGUAGCGCAUACAAUGCAGCAUUGGUACAUUUACAAGAGCUGGAACGAAAAGUUCUUUUGCGAAUGCUACAAAGCGUACAAGUCGGGUCGGGCAGAUGUCGAUCCUAGUAUCAACUGGUACAAAGGAGAGAUCGGUUUCUUUGACUUUUAUGUGAUCCCUUUGGCUAAGAAGCUGGACAACUGCGGCGUGUUUGGGGUAUCAUCGCAUGAGUAUUUGAACUAUGCAAUGGCGAAUCGGGCGGAGUGGGUGCGAGAGGGAGGAGAGCUUGUGAAGCAGUUUAUGGAGAACUACAACAAAAGUGAGGGAAAACACUAA